CCCCAAUGGAACAAACCCCGAUUCAUCACAGUAACUUCCUGCCCCAUUUCUCCCUCAGGAAAUGGAGCGACGGAGCACAGAAUCUGAUUCUGUACGUCUUCUAGGACUAUCCCAAGACCUUCUCCGUUACCGCAACUUCUCGUCCUCCCGCAGGUACGCUCUCCAAGCUCUACUCUCCCACCCUAACCUCCGUUGGCCUCACCAAAUACUUGCCAUCCUCCACGUCCUCAUUGCCGCCGAUCACCCCAUCAACCCCCACCUCCCCGACUGGUACUCCAUCCUCCAACUCCACCCCCUAUCCGACAAUACACCCCUCAUUCGGAAACAGUUCGACAAACUCUCCCUCCUCCUCAAUCCACUCACCAACCACUUCCCCUUCUCCCAAGACGCCUUCACCCUCGUCCGCGACGCCUGGUCCCUCCUCUCCCGCCCCGAUAGAAAGUCUCUCUACGAUCGCCGACUGGCUCAGCACUCUUCCAAGAUGGAGGAUAAUGGUGAUACGUUCUGGACUCUCUGUCCUUAUUGUUAUUGUCUGUUUCAGUACUAUAGGGUUUAUGAGGACUGUUGUUUGAGGUGUCAGAAUUGUACGAGGGCGUUUCAGGCGGUGAUGAUUCCCUCGCCGCCCAAAGCUGUGGAAGGGACUGAUCACUACUGUUGUUUUGGGUUUUUUCCCUUAGGGUUUUCGGGAAAUGUGGAUGAACCUAAGAGUGAUUUUGUCGAUAUAUCUGAUAAAAGCGAGGAUUCAUCUGGAGAACUUGGGCGUAAAAAGAAAGGAAAUGCCAUAAAUCUAGACAGUGAGAAGCCAAAAGAGGAGGAAGUGGAGAAGGGAGGUGACCGCACUGUUGACAACAUAAAAACCGGUGAUGGAGAUGGAGAUGGAGAUGGAGAAUUUGGGGUUACAGGGAAAAGAAGAGUCAUGAAUGUGGAAAGGGCGAAGCCAGAAGAAGAGGAAGUGAGGAAGGGAAGCGACAGCAUUGGUGAAAAGGUGAAAACUAGUGAAGAUGGGUUUCUAUCGCCAAAUGUCACCAAAAGACCCAUGAAGAGGAAGUCUGUGGCAAAGAACACAAAGAAGUUGAUGGGAACCGGGAAACGAGGUAGGAGAUAUCAAAAUAUAAUAUUUGCCAUGGGAACUGACAAACCGAACUGCAACGUGAAAGCAGGGAGUGGGGUUGAAGAGGGUGGUGCUGGAAUGGUUGGAGGACUUGGGUCAGGAAGUUCAGGUGUUUGUGUUUUUGCUGGGCGCGAGUUGUGUGAGGAAGAUGAUGACAUCCCUGUGGGUGUGCCCAUCUCUUGUGAUGGCUGGAAUGGAAACUUCAAAUCUUUUUAGGUAGCUGUGACUGAUGAACUCAGGUCGACAAUCCUGCCCCCCAGGUGGACUACAUUAAUAGUGUGAACCUUGUUGCAAAAUGUUGAUGAAGGAAUUAACUGAUCAUGGCUCCUUCAUCAAGACCCAAUUUGUGAAAUCUUGGUUUACUCAUUGAAUCUUUUUCUUUCAUUUAUGGGACCAUUGGUUCUUCGGUUCUUUUGCUCAGGAGCCUCAUCAUCUUGAUGAUUUAAUGUACUUGAUAAUAGUGUUUUAGCUUAGGAUCAUAUAUUUUUUUAUGGUUCUGAUGCUUAUCUCUGCUAAUGACAAAUAUACCACCUGGGAAUCAUAGCUGCUUUAUUAGAUUCCAUUUUGAUUGGAAGACACUUU